ACCUUCUGCGUUUUAUUUACUGUUUUCACUUUGUCCGGGGACGAAGUUCGCCGUCUCUUUACCAUCCUCCUGAACAUCAUGGAAGCCAAAGCCUUGGAGCUGGUGGAAAUUGCCAGAAACAACUACCUGUCCCUGGAUGCGAAGACGGGUGCUUUGGUGGCCUACAAAUCGGAGAUCAAACAGAGGAAUGUCCCUGAAGCGGCGGUGCCGCCAUCAUUCGAGGCGGCGCGGAUCUUCAUUAGCUCACCACAUGGCAACAUCAUCACGCCUGCAUUUAAUAUGCUUAGCCACCUGACUAGGCGCUUGUUCAUUCAGCGACAACCGCAUUUGAUUGCAAAUUACAGUCGCAACCUCCAACCUCUACUUCUAGAGAGAUUAGGUGAUAACAGAGAACGCGUGAGAGCACAGGCCGCUCAAGCAUUCACCGAGCUCUGGCCAGCUGCGAGCGCCGAGGUGGAACAUUAUGUUCUCGAUACCGCCCUGGUCGGAAGAAACCCCAGGGCAAAGGAAAUGGCUUUGAUCUGGCUUUCCAACGUAAGUAGUCUUCCUUCUUCUAUAUACGGCGGGUGUCUGACAAUGUCUAGAACGCAUGGCCUGCGAUUCCGUCAAUAUGUGGCGAAGCUUGUCAACUGUCUCGAAGAUGCGGAUCCGGCCGUACGAGACGCAGCGAAGUUGACUGUAGUUGAAUUGUUUGGCGCAGCAUCUGGUGCCUCGGCACGCGCAAAAGCAGAUCUCAUGAAUCAGCUUAGCAUCCGCAGCGUACGGAAGACAAUUGUGAACGCCAUCCUCACCCAGAUCGAUCUCGAUCCCGCCGAUCUUGAACCCAAUAGAGGGCCCAUGCAUCGAGCAGACCGAAUUACACAACGUCCCCAUUCUAGCUUAGAGGCUCAUCCACGGCCCAUGUCGAGGGCGGAUGGACACAAACGUCCUAUUUCCAGGGCAGAAGCUCUUCAAUCACGCCCCCCGUCGCGAGCCGACGGACUUAGCGGAGUAGAGUCUUCUCAACGUCCCGUAUCUCGGGCUGAAGGACCUAAACGCCCUAUAAUUAAAGCAGACCCUCUUCCGCAGCACUCUUCGGAGGCUACCCCAUUGACCCCCAACGACGGCGACAGCGUGGAGCCACUCAAUGUGUCCUCCUCGCGUGAGAUCGAAGACAUCAUCCGCGCCAUGGUUCCUCACUUCGACGGACGUGAGUCCGAAGAGAACUGGGCAAAGCGUGAGAAGAACGUUAUGCUGCUACGCAGACUGGUCCGUGGCAAUGCGCCUGUCGCCCACUCCAAUACAUUGAUCACGGCUCUGAAGUCCAUCUUAGACGGUAUCUUCAAGGUCGUCAAUUCCCUUCGUACGACUAUGGCAACGAAUGGCUGCCUAUUCAUGCAGGACAUGGCCAUAUAUUGUGGACCCAAGAUAGAUCCCAUGAUGGAGAUCAUCAUGCAGAAUCUCAUCAAGCUGUGCGCUGGUAUGAAGAAGAUAACAGCACAGAACGGAAAGAUGACAGUGGAGACCGUCAUACAGCAUGUUUCCUUCACCCCUCGUAUCUUGCAGCACGUCUUCGGUGCUUCGCAGGACAAGAAUGCCCAGUUGCGACUUUUCUCCGCAGACUGGUUCAAAAUCAUCCUCAACAAGCAGGCGGCUCACAAGUCCUCCAUUGAACACGGAGGCGGGCUGGAGCUACUCGAAAAGGCCUUCAAGAAAGGACUCGCAGACGCCAACCCGGCUGUCAGACAGGCGAUGCGCGGUACAUUUUGGGUGUUCUUUGGCAUGUGGCCUAACCAGGGCAACGAUAUCCUCUCCAACCUUGACGCUAAAUCUCGGAGUCAGCUCGAAAAAGACCCUGGGAACCCCAAUAUUGCAUCCAAGUUCGAUAACACUUCUCGUAAGGGCGUCGCAACUGGCACCUCCAUGAAAAGUCGAUCUGCCCUACAGGAAGCUAUUGCGGCACAUAAGAAGGCGCAUCUGGCACCCAAGCCCAUCCAGCAACAGCGCCCAGAAUCGGCACAGUCCGCACGCUCAGACACAAAUGUGCCCGAACUGCAGCGUGGCCAGCCUGCGGUGCGGUCGGUGCCCGUUGGCUCUUCGGUUUCCUCCUUGUCAUCGGCGCCGAUGCGUCCUGCGAGCAAGGCUCGUAGACCUGAACUGAGUCGCCCAGAUACUGCGGAUCCAUACUCAGUAGGGUCCAAUGCUUCUGACGCGAGCUCAGAUGCCCAUGCCCACCACACGGUUCCCGCCGCCAGCACGGCGAAGGCCAAGGCUAGGAAACUAGACAUUGCCAAGACUCGGACUGCGGAAUCUCGUGUGAAAGGUGGUCUACAGGAGAACAUGGGCGGUCAAUCCUCUGGGGGUCUUCAGGUACCUAUUGUUCCCAUUGAACAUGAUAGCCCUGCCGAAGCCCAGUUGGAGAGUCCCCUUGUUACUGUGGUACCAAUGCUAACUGCUUCUGAAGACUCCGUCCAGGAAGGUUUCCCCCGCCCAGUCGAGUCUAAGAGCGCUCAAGUUACGGAGCAUAUCACCGGCGGCCCGAAGCCUCAUGGAGCUCAAGGACAAAUACCUGAACACACCAGCGAGCCCUUCCCCGAUGUCCCCGUCUCGAAUCCCCAUUCGUACCACUCAGACCUUGCAGAAGGAAAACCCGAUAGGCGACUCGAAACAGAAAGACCCCAACCAGACUAUCGACUCGAAGCCGAAGGAAGUCCAGAUAGGUGCCCCGACGAAGAACGGACUCACCACGAAGAACAUCAAUCCGAAGAAAAGAAGGUAUCCGAUGAGCCUGGCAGACAGGCCUCACUGGGUACGCACUUUUCCACAACAGUGAAAGGGGGGGAAGUACACAUUUACGAAGACCCCAUCAUUACAUCCGAGAAAGAAGAAGAGCCUAUCCAUACUCACCAACAUGUAUCCAAUAAAGGAGACGACGAGCCCAUUCUUACCCCCAUUGUUACGCCUCAACAUGUAUCCAAUAACAGCGCUUUGGCAGAACUAUCUAUAAAUGAAUCAGUUCAUCGUGAUAGUAAGCCAGCUGUGCCAACCUUGCCUUCGUACCGUGGACGCCAAUCGAUUGGGGCGACAGAUUCGACAGCUAGCUCUGAAUAUCGUCGCCGGAAGAAUGAUCAGAUCGCCGACCGCAAAAGAAGCAUCAGCCCCCGAUCGAAAGACCCAGUCAAAGCACGAGAAACGCUCGAGAAGGGCAUUCAGAAGAUUCGGUCCAAGAAUAUGGACAUCCUGGGGUAUCGGAAGUUGCAAGGCCUGAUCGAAUAUCACGACUCUAUCUUUAUCCAUGAAGGCAAGUAUGACGAGAUGCUGCUGGUUCUGCUCGAAGAACUGGAGAGUCCCCCGGAUGAGAAGCGACAACGCCUCGGUCGCCCGCUGGACUUGAAAACCCAAGUGCUUCUGACGAUUCGCUUCAUGCUUGCACACAACAAGCACUUUAGUUCGUCUUACUAUCCCAGGGCCAUCACAGCUCUCAUCGCUGCUAGGAAUUAUUACGACUCUUCAAGCCACAUCAUCAACGGCUUGAAUGAGACGGCCGAAGAGAUUCUUAUACAGUGUGAGCCUGAAGGUGUUAUCGACGCCGUAACCGACCUAGUAUCGACCGAAGAUCCGGAAACAGGCGAUCGGGCGGUCACUAUGGGCUUUUCUGUAAUGACGGAAAUCUUGAAGGGGAUGAACAGCAAUGCAAUUCGUCUUUCCUGUCGUCUGCUGGAGAAAGUUGGGUCACUAGCUGGCAAGAGUCUGACAGCCCGGCAGCCGGAUGUCAGGCGUCAAGCAACACAGCUCUGCGUACAACUGCACACGAUGGCCGAUAACGAUGAUCACUUCUGGCAGGUUGUUGGACGGCCUCGCGAGAACUCACGCAACCUGCUGACAUACUACAUUGCGAGAAAGUGAUUUUUUGCUUUCAGAAAGAUGAAGAGCCAGUAUCAUUACUUCCAACUCAUUGUUUCUUUAGUCCUGUAUUCCAAUUGAUACCACUGUGUUUUAUGUUGAGCGCCACAAAGGCACAAAACUUGUUGUAUUAAUAGACAAUUCCAUCCUGAAUGU